AUGUCGGGCUCUGAAUACUCCACUCCUGAUAUUUUUGCGAAUAGACUAGGAGAUCCCAAAAUAGCACUUAAAACGAAAAUAGGGAUCGCAAUAAAUUUGAGGGAUUCGGUAGAAAUAUAUCAAAAUGCAGAUUAUACUCGUUUUCUCCAACUUAUGAUGCCUGUGUUGACAAAAAUAUUAAAGGAAGAACCUCCGGUGUUCGAUAGCAAUUCCGAAGAACAGAAACUUCGCAACCUUCUUUUGGAAGUGUUGCAUCGAUUACCUCAAAACGAUCCGCUAUUACCAUAUGCUGCUAACCUGUUAGAACUUCUAAUGGCUUUAUUAAAAAUAGAGAAUGAAGAUAACGCGGUUAUCUGUUUGAAAAUUAUUAUUGACUUAUACCGAACUUAUAAGCAUCAGCUUAAAGAUCACGUACAACAAUUCUUAGGCAUUGUACAAGAAAUGUAUAAAAAUAUGGAACAAACAGUCAAAGAUGCUUUCGACUCGCAGACUGCUGCCACUCCAAGCGCUAGCACUCCAAUUCAGCCAAUAGUUCUCGUACCUCCUUCCCCACGCCCAUCAUCCCCCGUAUCAGACGUCACAACGAAUGAAACCACUCCAAACAAGGUCUUGGCCAGAAGCAUGUAUAGCUUUAAAGUUUUGACCGAAUGUCCCAUCAUCGUAGUUUUGCUCUUUUCAACCCACCGUAACUUCGUGAACACGAAUAUUGAAAAUUUUGUCCCCCUGGUUGUACAGACCCUCGGCUUGCAAGCCCGUCCACAAGCCGAAGCACACGAAGCUGCUAAAGCAAAGGGUGAAUUAUUUAUCGGAGUGGCCCCGGGUAUUCGUGAUCGCGCAAAAUAUACGGAGUUUAUUGUCGCUCAAGUAAAAACAAUGUCUUUUCUGGCAUAUAUUUUACGCGUCUAUACGUCAGCAUCACUCCGGUAUAAAGAGAUGAUUCCAGAUUUUGUCAUAAGGCUACUCCAAGAUUGCCCGCCAGAGGCUUCGGCCACCAGAAAGGAAUUGCUGGUUGCGACAAGGCAUAUUAUUACAACAGAAUUUCGAACCGCCUUCGUUAGUAAAAUCGACAUACUUCUCAACGAGAAAAUUUUGGAAAUGAUUACGUUGUAUAGACCAUUGGCUUAUAGCAUGCUGGCUGACCUUGCUCAUCAUGUGCGAAAUGAGCUUUCUCCGUUGCAGUUAUCAAAGACUGUAUACGUAUAUUCUCGCAAUUUACAUGAUCCGACAUUAGCCGCAAACAUUCAAACAAUGUGCUCCAAGCUUCUUCUAAAUUUAACCGAAUGUAUCGUGAAUGUUUCGAAGACAGAUGAAGAAAAAGGUCAG